AUAAAUGAAGAGAGUUUUAAGUAAAACUUUCAACACAAGUUACGUCAACAACUAAAAGAAGUGCUUGAAUAUAAUAUCAUAUUGGUACAUUUCCAGUAUACGUCAUUACCUAUAUAGAACAUUAUGCCACAUACUGGUCAAGCUGGCGUUAACCAAUUAGGUGGUGUAUUUGUCAACGGUCGCCCAUUGCCGGACUACGUUAGAAGGCGAAUAGUACAGCUAGCUCUGUUAGGUGUCCGCCCAUGUGAUAUAUCUCGACAACUUCUGGUUUCACAUGGAUGCGUGUCAAAAAUCCUAACUAGAUUUUACGAAACUGGCUCCAUACGACCGGGCUCAAUUGGUGGUGCUGGAUUGCAAAAAAAUAAGACAACACAAGGACAUUUUUCAAAGAAAAGUACCAGAUGCUGCAAACAAGCUGAUGUAUCAAACAGAAUGGCCGGAUCUCUAACUGCACCUCCUCCGAUACGCAACCUACCAUGGAUACAUCCUUUAGACUUGUACUAUGAACGAAUCCACCAGCACAUUCAUGAAAACGGACACGUGAGCGUCGUUGGGGGACCAUUAAACGGUCAACUAGCGCCUCCGAGCCCGAAGAAGCCUCACACGCCUUACACCAUCGAAGAGAUAUUGAAAAAACCUACGGCUCUGCUGCCGCGGCCACCAUCGCCGUGUGGCUUAAUCACGGAUGGAGUGUGUACGUGUGGCCUUACUGCAGGUAACGCUGUGUCAGCGGCGUUUUACGUCAAUGUGCAGCAACAGCAUCAGCAAUUUAUAUGCAGUCAGCCACUCCACCGUUAUUGAAACAACUCCGUAAAUACCACCUACCUAUUUUGUUUAUCUUUUAAAACAUUUUUGUUUUUCAU